GGGGACGCAACAGACAUUUGCGGUGCCUAACCCAAGUCUUGUGCCAGUCUUCCCCUGCGUUCAGCGAAAGCUUGUUCAUCCACUAGAUCCAAAUCGAAAAUCAACGUAUUGACAUGUUCUUUCCCUUCUUCUACUGUAACUCGGACUUCGACAGUCCAGCCAUCGACCACCAAAACGAUCACAGUGACGCAGACUGUUUCCUUGAGAAGGCCGACCACCAUACAGCGGAGUGUACAGAAAACCGUUACGAGCACAUCUAUUUCUCACACUCCACUCGUCCAGACAAACACGCAGACAGACCAGACGACAGUUAUCUUACCUACAACCUUGACGAUCACUGCAAGCGUCACAUAAACAAUCGCGUCUAAUUCGUUAAUACCUUACCAACAAGAGACCUGCAAUGUGCUUUCGAAACUAAAGAGAAACCGACGGAGCUACAAUAGGCGAGA